CAUCAGCCUGUCUCACCUCCUCGUCUCCUCGUCUCCUCGUCUUCUCACCUGAUCAUCUUUCAUAUCAUCCGGCCUCUCACUCAUGGAAGAAACCCACCGUCCCAAGCAGGCUGCCUGCCUCGUCUGCCGCAAGAGCAAGAUCAAAUGCGAGUGGUCCGACGACAAGAAUAAGUGCAAGAGGUGCAUUCAGCUUGAGUCAGAAUGCAUCCGGCCGAUAUUUCAUGCGGGGAGACAAAAAGGCAUUAAAAACAAACGGAAAGGCCUGGACAAGGCCCUCUUUCAGAUCGAGCAGGCUAUCAAACGAGCCAAGUCGGGAGAUCAGUGUGCCGAGGACAACAGGGUUAUCCUUGACCUGAAGCAUCUACUGGGAGAUGCCAGAGACUCUCAGUCCGCUGGUCCAUCCAAUAGACAUAGCAGGUCAAGGCAGCCGUCAUCUACCGGAGCUGCAUAUGACCCUGCCUCAACAGACGAAGAAGACGAGGAAGAGACGGACGGCUCCCCCGACAACCUUCCUUAUAUCACCCAUCGACGCGAAGGCAGUCUCACUGUGGAUGACGCCGAGAAUCCUCUGCAGCUUCUUGCCCGGGCCUCCAACCUGCAGUUAUCACCGACUCUGGCUGCCAGCGGCAAUUCUCCUGGACAUGUGCAGUCAGCCCGCUCCAGCCGCAAAAAGCAGACCUCGGACCACGGAGACGACAACUCGGAGAUCCAAUCCUUUUUCACCGGCGUGCGGGUGAACCUGGACGUCGGCGAAGAUACUGAUCCCAUUGACAUAGGCUUGGUCACAGAAGCGGAGGCAGAGGAGUUGUUCGGUUACUUCCACAAACACCUCGCCCAUACGCGAUGGGGUCUCGAUCCAAAGCUCUACACGGUGCAAUUUACCCGCUCACGCUCCGCCUUCCUCUUCACGUCCAUUAUGGCAGCCUCGGCUCUCUUCCGGCCGCAGGAUGCCGCCGUUUCCAAGAGGCUAUCGGCACACGCAAAGAGUCUGGCCCACAGGGUGGUGAUUCGACGGCAUAAGUCUGUGGAAAUAGUGCUUGCUUUCAUGGUGAACAUUCCGUGGAUGUUCCCCGGCCUGCACAGCACCGACGACGAGACGCCCUGGUAUGUCUCCAUGGCGACCACCAUCGCCAUAGACCUCUCCGUCCAUAAGCUCCUAGUCCCGGCCGACAAGCUGAGCUCGGCCGCAGCCGUUGCCCGUGGGGACUGCGUGGAUCCGCGGACGGCCAUGGCCAUCGACGGCUUCAGCAACCUUGAUCCGGCGUCGGAGCUGGGGCGGAGGCUGUUGCGGCGGAGGGAACGGUGCUGGAUCGCCCUGUUCGUGCUGGAGCGCGGCAUGUCUCUGGCCCGCGGGCGCAGUUUCACCGUCCCGAUCACGCGGUCCCUGCGGGACUGCGACCAGUGGCACCGGUCCGACGUAGCCGACUCGCAGGACGGCCACCUCGUGUCUAUAGCCGUGCUGCGGCGGGACCUGGAUAGCGUUUUCGCCACGGUCCGCGCCAUGUGCGACGGGUCGCAGAACAACUUUUCCGACAGCACGCUCAUCACGCAGUCGAUCCAAGGCACCAUCGAGAGGUUCUUCGACCAGUGGCACACCGACUGGGGCGUGUCCAUCGGCUCCGGGCCGGAAAGGCAGCUGCCCCCUUAUGUCGACAUUCUCGUCACCCACACGAGGCUGUCCAUCUACAGCGGCGUCAUCAACCACCCGACGGCCCCGAUCCAGGUGAGGCAGUUCUUCCGGACGGCGGGCAUGUCGUCGGCUCUCACCGUCCUGCGCGUCGCCGUGCAGGGAGAACCCGUGCUGCAGUCCAUGCCCAAUAACACGGCCAUCAUGAUCACGUUCGCGGCCUGCUUCGCGCUGACCAUCAGCGCCUACGCCAGCGGGAGCUCCAAUUUGGCCCCGAGCGUCAGGACGCUGAUCGAAGAAGCGGCGGGCGUGCUCGAGCGCGUGGGCAACACUACGCCCCACAGGAACGGGAUCUCUUCGCUCUACGGGAGAUACCUACGGGUUAUUGUGAAGAAAGCGGCGGCCACGGCGGCAGCGGAAGGAUACCCCAUGGCGGCGCCGCGCCCUGCGUCCAUGGCUCUCGAUUCGAUUGAGGGAACCGCCAGAAACGGCAGUAAUAACAACAAUACCAACAACAAGAACAAGAACAACAACAACAACAACAACAAUAAUAAUAAUAAUAAUAAUAAUAAUAAUAAUAAUAAUAAUGAGAAUAAUAACAGCAAUCACGGCGCCUUCGGCUACACAGCGGGGGUAACACCGAGUCUCCAUCAUGUCGGAGCCGAUUACGUUGACCAGCCAGUCCAGCCCCAACCAACAAUCUGGCCGCAGCAGACAUUAUCUUUCUCGACCAUGUCAGACGAGCAGAUUAUCGAGAUCCUCAACCAGCCUCACAACGCUUUUGACCCUGCAGGCGCGAGCCUGUCGUGGGAGGACAUGAACAAUUUCGAGGGCCUGAGCUGGCCCAACAUGCCUGGGUUCAAUUUCUGAUCACGAACAUGACCAUGCGUGGCGGGGAUACACAAAAAAAGGAUUCAUGUUUGAUUCUUGUACAUCCAAAUCAACAAGCUAUUUUGCAGCCCUUUCUCGCGAAUGCCAGACCAGAUGGGGAGCAAUGUCGUUGAGGGAACAGAAGCAGAGGCUCCUAGACUUUGAUGGUCUCCUUUGGCACGACCAAACUCAACUGGGUCAGUG